UCGAAAGAUGGUGUUAGCUGCGCUUUGGUAACUCGGAAACUCGUUAAAAAAAGGAGAAUAAAACCAACAGGGGAUAAAAGUUUAAACGAGUGACAGUGGGCAGGUUUCUCAUCGUGUCUCCGCUGCUCACACUGAGUCAAAGUUCAGGCGGGUUUAGAGCGAGGGUUAGGGUUUUUGUUAACUUCAGCUCAGUUUUCCGAUGAAAGCUAAAAAGCUAAGCUACCGUUAGUCGGCCAGGGUUGAAGCUGUCAUGUCGGAGCUCAGAGAGAAUAAAGAGCAGCAGGUGACAGCAGGUGAGGAGGAGGACACGAACCGACAACCAGGUGGAGGGACUGAAGAGCAGCCGCCAGAGGACGACAGAGAGCCGGGGAGUGGUGGAGAGGAGGGGCAGGAGGACAGGUCGAGCCCAGAUGUGCUGGAGGCUACAGGAGAAGCUGAAACUGAUCUGCACGAUGACGAUGACGACUUCAUGACAACCGAUGUGCUGGAGACUGUGGAAGAAGCUGAAACUCAGGCUGAUCUGCCCGAUGAUCCUGAGCAGCUGAGAGAGCCUCAGAGAAAAGAAAAUGUUGGAAACUCUACAGCAACAGUGAAGGUGGUGCUGGUGCCAGACAGUCACGUGAUGACGGUGGCCUUCGCCAUCGGGCUCAGCAUUCAGGAGCUGAAGCUUCACCUCGCCACAGAGCUCAGAGUUCCUGCUGAGGUGCUGCAGAUCUCUCUGGACGGCAGAGUGGUGGAGGAGCAGCAGAGCCUGAUGGAGCUGGGCGUGCAGCCUCACAGCUCCACCCGGAUGGAGAUGACCUCCACUGACCCAACCACCCACCCACUCCGCCCACUUCGCCCUCCAGAGCACGACAACAUGCCGGACGUCAUCACCGUCCGAGUCCAGACAGAUGAGGACAUGUUCCAGGAGGUGGUGGUGGAGAUUGAGCGCCCCCCACAGCAGAAGGCCUUCCUGGGUGGCUACAGACACCGGCUGACGGGGGCCGAGUACCACCACGCUGCCGUCCAGACCCUGCCAAAGAGGAGACCCGACAGAGGAGUGGUGGUCUUUAGUCGGACCACACAGGUGCAGACAGGAGAGCGGUCACAGGCCCAGCAGUGUCCAGUUGACGUCUCCACCCAGAUGACCGGGAUCGGCUGCUACGUCUCCUGUAUGAACGACAAGCUGGUUGUUCCCGGCAAAUACACCACUGCUGACCAGUAUCAUGACACAAGGCUGAGAGCUGCGAUCCGUCUGCAGUCUUUUGCUCGGCGCUGGCUUGCCCAACAGGAGGUGGACCGGCUGAGGAGGGAUCGGGACCGCCGUCUGGCCUGGCAGGAGAUGCAGGAGAGGAGGAGGAGGGAGGAGAAGGAGGAGCAAUUGAGAGACCGCCGCCACCGCUGGAUGAACCCACAGAGGAGGGAGGACUUCAACCUGCUCUACCAUGCUCUAGAGAAGUGGAGGUGUGAGGAAGAGGAGCGGAUAAACUCCUCCCUGCGAGGAGCUGAGAGGAAGGCAGCUCUUUGCUCGGUGUUAGAGCAGGAGACACAGCUCAUCGCUGCCAUCGGACGCCAUCGCAUCGCAGUCCAGAACAACAAUUACAACAAAGCUGUCAGGAGCUUCCUGGACAAGUCUGCAGCUCCUCAUCAGUGGCGAGCAGCAGACGGUGGACUGAUCGAGAUGGACAGUCCACACACCAUCAGAGCCAGAGAGCUGCGAGAUCUGUACAACAACGUGAGCCUGUCCUCUGUCAGCCGGGAGCACAGACUUCACAUCCUCAUGACACUCAAACACACUGUCAAGGAGCACGAGUGUCAGCUGACCCGGGACAUCGUGGAUUUGGUUGACAGGGAGGUGGAUCUGAUGACUCGGGGGGUGAAAGCAGCCAACCUGGAGGGACUGAGGAAGAGGAUCUCCACUCUGUUCCUCCAGUACAUCAAAACACCAGUGUUUAACCCCGAGGUGGCCAAGCUGCUCAAGGUUCCCCAGAAUCCCUCUCAGCUGAAGAAUGACAUGUUCCUCUGCCGGAGCUGCCAUCGCUACCUGCAGUCAGCCGACUUCAGCCCAUCCGCCAGCACCCGUCUCAGCGGCCGCUGCAGAGACUGCACCGGACUUGACAAUAUAGCUCGAUCCCGUGAUGACUUCUCCUGCUACAAGAACAUCCUCAGGAGGCUCAGAGUCGAAGAGCAGCUGCUCAACGAGGAAGCCAAGAUUCCCUUUCUGUUGCAGGUGGAGGACGUGCGGUACCUGGUGGAGGUGGUCUGGGCGUCCCGAUCAGCUCUCCGUGCCAGCAGCGACCUCUACAACCUGGUGUUUGUCCGCUGGGAGCGUCAGUGGGACUGGAGCCCCUGGAACUGCAUCCUGCUGUCUAAAGAAGAGACUUCAGCUCACCUGGAGGUGGAAGACGUCCACAAGUUGUAUGAGGCAACGUUCAUCCGCAGGAUCCAGCACAAACACACGCUGGCUCGGCGCUACUUCAGUCAGAUCCCCGUCAUGGCUGAGUACCUGGACUCUCAGCCGUCGACUGCCCUGGGCAACCAGCUUGUCUCUAAGCCCAUCACCAUGGUGACAAGCAAGAACGCCACUGACACCCCACCGGCCUCCGCUCAUUAAGAAAACACCCUGUGGUCUUCUUUUUUCUGUCACUGUUUCUUCCCUCUGUUCAAAAACAUGUGAAAAAAAUCUAUAGUAAAUGAUGACUUUGACUCAAUUCAUGUGCCUUUAUUUUGAAAGAUGAAACGUGUUGUGUUGUUAAUCCUGUGUCGGAGGAUGUAGUUACCCUUGAACGCUUCGAGAUCUGGGCACAGCUUCCAGAAAGAAUUAUAAGGCUUU